AUGACAAAGUAUCGCGUCGACUCGUUUCACGUCGCCAUCUCCCUAGGAGACUCGGCAAUUCAUCUCCUUGUUGACGUUACAAACGUGGCAAGUGACCCAAGGCCCAAAGUCCUCUCCGCCGUCCUGAUCGAUGGUGGAGAAGAUCAACCGGGGAGACACAAAGAUGAUGGAGACACGGUACACACGAGGCAUAACAUGCCAAUCUACACCGCAAUGCGAUGGAUUGAAAACAACUACAUCAUAGACGGCAAGGACGUUGGCGGGAUAAAAAGGCUUGCCUUUGACACCAUCAUCAUCACCCAUUGGGACAAGGACCACUACCAUGGCAUCGUGGAAAUCCUCCAAAAUGGAGCGACGACCGCUGUCGAGGAGGAGCAGCUGGAUACGAUAUUGAAGUGGAACAUUGACGAGACUCCGGCAACUCAUUUCUACUGCUCAGUCAAAGAGGCAUGGGAGAGGACGAAGAGCAAGAAAGCCAACGGGAUGUACGAAAAGUUCAAAGUCGACGAUGUCGACAACACCAUCAGCAUCAAAUUCAAAAAGGACCGCAAGGACGAAUGGGCAAAGUUUGCCAUAUUCCACGCCGCCGACAAGGGGACCAACGACGUGCUUGGAGUUGACUUCUUCAAGAACGACGCGGCCAUCAUGCCCGGAUCCGAGGGCACGCCGCUGGUGGAUUUGCUCGAGGAGAAGAAGCUCGAGGCCGGUCGACCAGCCAUGCUCUGUAUCGCAGCCAACGAGCGUCUCUUUGCGAACAAGUCCCAGAUCCCCAAGGAAAUCAAAAAGCCGACCAAAAAGCCGGGCAGAAAGCCAGGUAAAAAGCCAGUCAAGAAGCCAGGCAAAAAGCCAGGCGGAGGGUCGGCCAGCAUUUUGGUCGUCAAAGACACCAGUGUCACCCUCACCAAUCAAGCGAGUAUUGCUUGCUUGAUCGUGUGGAAAUCUACUCGCGCUCCUCAUGUUUCCCACUACUUUGCGGGAGACAUUGGGCAAAAGCAUGAGGGGACAAUGUUCAACUGGCUCAAGGCAGCUGGAGUGUCCAAAAUCACAAACGUGAAGCUCAGUCAUCACGGAUCCCACUUCUCAACGCCCCUGGCAAUGUUCAACGAUUUUCAGCCAAAGAAUACUAUAGUCCCGACCCCAACGUACGCUCUGCAUAACCAUCCAUCAUGGCCCGUGAUCGUGAUAUGGUUUCUCUGGGCACACUCGCUGGCUCCGCCGGCUGUUCCUCGAUUGGUUGCCCUCACUUUUCCAGCAACCAUCACUUGGGUGCCCAAGUCAACUACGGAACCUGAAAAGGGCAGCUGGUACAAGUUGGAAGAUGUCAAAUUGGAUGCCCUACAAGGGAAGAAAGAUUACAAGACCUAUGUGACGUACCAUGACGCACAAUACACGGCCCUCAACGAGGCUCUGGUAAAGAACUCCAAGCCUGAGGUGCCGAACGAGAGACUUGACAGGAUCAAGCAAUCUGAAGAUAUACAGCGAGCAUACGUGGCAGACAGAUAUGCUCAGAUCUGGAGUCAACUUGGCUUUCCAACAACUGAAUACCACAUGGGCGGCUGUGGCAUUUACUCUGUUACCCAGGGGAAAACAGCCUACAAAUCUCUGUGCUUCGUUCGCAUCAAGUGCAGCCAAGACAAGGACGAGGAUGGUGAGAUCCAAUACGUCGAUCUUGGAUCUACCCUCCUCCAUACCCCGACGCCGAUUGUGAUCGAACGUGCCAUGGUCUUGACUGCGCUCAAGACCACGGUCACGCCCUCAACGUCAGUUGCGGCUGCUAUUCCUGCGGCUCCAGGCAGUGCCUCCAGAAAAAGGAGGCACAGCAUCAUUGAUCCUGACAUCAAGAAGGAUGCAGAGAAUGACGAGGAUGAUCGCGUAACUGACUAUGACCUUCUUUCUCAUGCGCGCGUGCAGCCCGAGGCAUUCUUCAUUCCCAAGACAACGAAUCCCGACGAAAUGGACGACGUUCCUGGGGAUGAUGAAGAUGAUGAAGAGAGCAUUGAGGGUAUCGAAGAAUUCUCUCUGGAUGAUUCGUCUUCAGCUACUACUGAGGAGGACAUCUUCGAAGCACCAGUCGUCUCAACGUCAGCCAAGAUGGAGACUACAGAUGAUGUCGUCGAAAUGAACACGAACCCCAGUGGGAUGUGGUCAGUCUUCACCCGUAGGCUGGAGGACACCAAGAUCAAGGCUCAGGGCGUUGAUGACUAUGAGAGGCUGGACCCUGGUCUCCUCAACGAAUUUGUCUCUGAUCUUCAUUGCGGUGUCAUCUGCUUGGAGAAGAGGCCUAAAGACGACCCUCCCCCGAAUGCCACAACGCCCUUGAGCAAGGUUGACGAGUGGGCAGCUUGGUUUGCAGACGUCCUCAACGCAAAAGACCUGGCCGUGAUUGACGCCAAAGGACACAAGAUUGGAGGCUUCACCAUGCAAGUCUCACUUGCCCCCCUUGGAGCAGGACCAAACUCGCCAUCUAACACAUGGCUCCUGUUCUCUACUGAACGAUCCAUCCUGGACUUGGCUUUUGGAUCAGCAUCCGCAGCAUACAUCUCCCCGGAGGGCCUGCUGACACAAAAUUCUGGCGUUGUGUUUGGGUUGCAUCCAUCGACUAAUAUGGAGCCCGUCAAUGUCUUCGAUAUGCUCAACUUUGCCGGGCUGGGCAGUCUCCAGAAGAAUCCGCUCAUUGCCCUGAUGGGAAGCAUGGCCUUGAAGCCACCGUCGACAAACGAUGAGCUCAGAAAUAAGAGAAACGCCGUCUGGUUUGUGCCCGGAAACGACUACCGGACCUGUACUCGUUUAGAGUGGCAAAUGGAUGAUGACUCUCGAGAAGAGCUUAAUUCAAUCUUCGAGCCACUACAACUGACUUUAGGUGAAACUACAGUCGUCACUCGCAGGACUACUUGGUGGACUACAAGUGGAACUGAAUCAAAGCUCAUAUCCAGGGGAGAUGUCGUCAUCAAGACAGACAUCGACCUGGAGGGAAUCAAGCUGGAAGGUCUGUUUGAGUUCAAUGAAACAGCCUCGACCUUCACCAUGACCCUCAACACCAAGAAUACUGCAGCUCUGGCGAAGCUGUUGGCCUGGGUCAGCAAGAUACUGGGCAUUGAUGUUGGCCAAUUCGACUUUACUUCCCUUGAGAAUCAGUCUGUUGGUACUUUCAGCCUCGGAGAGUUCCAUUUCCGACGAAUCACCGUCGGAAUGACCAAGGACGAAGGGAAACGCAAGGCAAAGCUGUCGACUUUCCGCGUCGACAUGGAAGUCGAGCUGGAUCUGUCCAGCAAAGGCCCGACAUUGUUUCUUGUAACUUAUUCGUACAAGAAAGAAGACGGCAGCUCCAUCAGCGCAAAGAUCUGGACUGCACCACCUGCGAUGCCCGCCGCGGAUCAGUGGCGUUUGCUGCCAGAGUGGGAGAACUACUACGAAAUGUCUCCAAUCUCUAUUGAUUUAUCCAAGUGGCAAACGACACUGGAUCUCGCAGCAAUGGCUGACAUUGACGACGCCCCGAGCUUCUUGCCCACGCAGGUGACCAUGGCAGAGUUCGAGGCGAACAAGUCAGGAAUAUCAUUUACGGGAGCAAUGCAGCCAAAGCACAAGACAGGCGAUAAAGUACCCAUUUUCAGUAUCGAAGAGAUAUCUCUGUAUGUGUCAUAUGAAUGGGGAGGAAAAAAGACGGCUGUGCCGUCGAAAGAUCUCGUUACAGCCAAAUCAGCUGGCAAAUUCACCGGUGCCUUUCUAAUCAAGACCCUCAUACAACAGCCCAGGGGGGCAAAGUACGGUUGGCCGACUCAGCUCAUAGGCCAAGUGGUCUACAACACCGACAGCGGAUGGAUGCUCUCGGGAUCGAUCUACGAUCUGUACGCAUCCACGCUUGCCCAGUUCUUUGAUUCCGACUUGAGCGGAACAGCCUUGAGCAUUUUGGAGACCAUCAAGGUCCAGGAGCUGAACAUCAACUACACUUAUCAGAAAGGCGCAGCAUCUUCAUUCGACAUUGACGGCAUCCUGGUUCUUGGCCCUUUCAAGCUCUCUCUCAAGUUUACCAAUGAUGGUAAAAUUUGGGACUUUGAGGCCAAGGUCAACACGGAUAACAACAAGGAUAUCACCUCGACGGUUGGCGAGAUUAUCCAUAGCAUUGCCGACACAGACCUGAAUCUUCCCGAGUUCCUGACCAACAUUGAGAUUGGACUGAAGAAGGAGGAUUAUCUCGAGCUGAUUAUGAAGAAGGUCCAGAUUGGCACCUCUGACAAGUAUGUCAUGGUCGUCCUCAUCACCGCAAGAUUGAGCGGCCUCAUUUUCCAAUAUCUCCAGUUCCGCGAGGUCGUUGAGGAGGGCGUCAAUCCGCCUCCUGUCAAGCGAUUCCUCAGCGCAUCGGUGGGUGAACUUGUCGACGCUGCUCUCCCCAUGAUAGGCAAUAUCCCGCAGCCGUUUGACGACAUUUUGUUCUUGUGGGUUCAGGGCCAGGGCCAGGGUGAGCCGGAAAAGGACGGCAUCACCAAGGUCCAGCUGGAAUCCAUCAACAAGGUGCUAGUUAACCUGAAAAAGAAGCCUAUGCCUUACAAGACGGUCUCCAAGUCGCCACCCGGCGAUGGAGAUGUAGUGUUGACGAGGGGAAUGCACUUCAUGGUCCUGCGGAAGAAAGGGGACAGCCAGUCUGACGUCUUAGUCGACUACGCUUUUGAGAAGACCAAGACUCCGCCACCAGCUGGCAACGAGCUGGUCCUGGCAAAGAAUGAUGACGGGGGAGUUGAAGACAAGGGUGCUGCCAUGGCACCCUAUCAGACCAGAAAGGGCCCUCUCUCAAUCAGAAACAUCGGACUCAAGUACUCGACUGGUUCGAGCGGCAAAGAAUCCAUCGUCUCUAUCCGCCUUGACGCAUCAGUUACCAUUGGUCCUGUCGAGUUCGGCGUGAUGGGGCUGGCCCUCAACCUGAACUUUGCCGGCUCGAAGGAACUAAGCUUGCACAACCUGCCCAAGCCCUCUGUUACUCUUGAAGGCAUUGCAGCCGGUUUCAAUCGCCCUCCAAUCACUAUUGCCGGCGGUUUGCUUUACCACAAUGAUGAUGAGAGGAUGUAUUAUGCCGGAGCUAUUCAGGUCGGCUACACUCCUUGGCUCUUCCAAGCCGCCGGCUACUACGGCAAGAUUAAAAAACCCAAGGUGUUUGAGACAAUCUUCUUGUUUGCCGCGCUGAAGGGACCGCUGAUUACUCUUGAAUUUGUUUCCAUCGAAGGAGUAACGGGAGGCUUUGGCUACAACUCCAACUUGAAGUUCCCCACAGCCCACAACAUCCUCCAAUUUCCACUGAUCACGGGUGAUGCAACAGAUCCUGGUCCCAAUGAUGGGCCAUUCGAGAUCAUGGAUAAGUUGCUGGGUACCUCAUGGUUCUUCCCGGAAGAGGGAUCAUUCUGGGUUGCCGCAGGAUUGACCGUCAAGGCCUUUGAAAUCCUGUCAGUGGAAGCUGUCAUCGUCAUUCAAUGGAACCCGUACGUCCAGUUGGGCAUCUUUGGUCUCGCCACCGCCAGCAUUCCCGGAGGCGCAUCCAAAGUCAAGUUUGCCCACGUCCAGCUCGGCAUUGUUGCUUCCUUGAACUUUGAAACCGGAAUACUCAAGAUUGAGGGAGAGCUCACGCCUGCUUCUUACAUACUGGAUCCCAACUGCCACUUGACGGGCGGUUUUGCCCUAUACAGUUGGUUCGACAGCAAAGACGAAGCUCUCCGCGGCGACUGGGUCUUCACCAUCGGUGGCUAUCACCCGUCCUUCAGCAAGCCGCCUGGCUAUCCAGAAGUGCCGCGCUUGGGCAUAUCCUGGCAGUUUGGCGGUGCCAUCAGCAUCAGUGGGAAAGCAUACUUUGCCAUCACCCCCAAGGUCUGCAUGGGCGGCGGCCGCUUGGACGUGGCGCUAUCGCUGGACCCUCUAUACGCCUACUUCAACGCUUUUGUUGAUUUCUUGAUCAACUUCAAGCCCUUUUACUUCAUUGCUGAAGGAGGUCUUACCGUCGGUGUCAAGUUUACGCUUGACUUGUGGCUCGUGACGAUCAAUAUCAACAUUGAGAUCUCCGCAAGGCUGUACAUCAAGGGACCUCCUAUUCAAGGCCGUGUGCACGUUGACUUCUGGGUAUUCGGCUUCGACAUUGACUUUGGCGCCUCAAAGGUUGACCAGCCUCCGCCGCUGCCCCUCGAUGAGUUUAUCGAGGUCGUGUGCCAAGCAAAGAACGCCGGAAUCGCAUCCAUGAUGAUAGAAUCAGCCCUUGGCUUGGGAGACGCCAAGGAGGAAGCCGCCAACAAGUCAGACGCAUUCGUCUUUGCUGUCGAAGAAGGUCUCAUUCCAAGAGACGACGUAAAGUCUACACCCAGCGGCGAUAUGUGGAUCGUCCGAGCGGCUACUUUCGAGUUUUCUGUCAACUGCAAGUUUGCCAUUGAGUCCGCAAAGGUUGAGACCCGAUCUCCAGAUGACACGCUUCUCAAGACAGACGACGUAGCGGGAACUGGAAACCCGAUUUAUGCGAAGCCGAUGCAAACUGAUCAGCCUAUAUCGUCAACUCUGACCAUAUCGAUCAAGGCAGUCAAGGACAUUGGCCUGGAGGAGAUCAUUACAGAGCCUGUUUGGACGAUCAAUGAGAGCAUUUGCAAGGAUGUUCCGCUUGCCCUCUGGGGACAAUACAACCGCUCAGAUGAUCCAUCCUACAACAGGAAUCCGCAGAGCAUGCUCAACGGUACGAAGGGCAAAUCGGUGAACCUCAUGAUGGGAGUCCACCUUACCAGACCUCUUCCACUGUUAUCGCUCGACAAGACGGUGCCGUACGAUGUCGUCAAGUUCCAAAUCUCAACCCUUGACAAUGAUGACCACAUUGCAAUGCCAGAUGAGCCCACAAAGGCAUUCUCGCCCAUUCCCGCCCUUGAUGAGGGGCAAUGGGAUGCCGUGCAGGAGAAGUGGGACAAACCUCUGGCGGGCGAUGGUGCGGCCGAACAGACAGUCAACCUCUGGGCUGCGCUGGGUCUGGGACAGUUGGGAUGGUCCAAGAAGAAUGUGUAUGCUGAAAAGGCGGUCUUGACGGGUGCGAAGCCGCGGAGGGUCAUUGACAAUCUUGCUAAGUACUACCUCUGGGCCCCGGUGCUCAGCGGAGUGUAGAUGUAGCUAUCUG